ACAAGGGAGAGGGUCUCUCUCUCUCUCUCUCCCCCUCUCUCUCUCGCUCCAUAAAGACAAGUCCAGGAUGGCAUCGAGUAAUUCGAGUUUGUCUGGUUCAUCGGUUUCUUCAGAUGGUGAAGAUUACCAACCACCGAUAUGGAAAUCCUACUUAUAUCAGUUGCAACAGGAAACACCGCGGCCGAAGAGAGAGAUUUGCCCUCAAGAGGUUGAAAACAGGCCAAAGUACUAUGGAAGAGAGUUUCACGGGAUGAUCUCUCGCGAGCAGGCCGAUGAGCUGCUCGGCGGAGUGGAGGGAGCUUAUCUGAUCAGGGAGAGCCAGCGCCAGCCUGGUAGCAACACAUUAGCCCUCAGGUUUGGAAAUCAAACUUUGAACUACAGAUUGUUUUACGAUGGAAAGCACUUUGUUGGAGAGAAACGCUUUGAAUCAAUCCAUGAUCUAGUGACUGAUGGCUUGAUAACCCUGUACAUAGAAACUAAAGCAUCUGAAUAUAUAUCAAAGAUGACGACAAACCCUAUCUAUGAACACAUAGGAUAUGCCACGUUGCUGAGAGAACAGUCCUCAAAGAGGUUGCUCAAAGCCAAGAGAGAGAGCAGGAAGAAAUUCCUUCUGAAUGAUGAAAACAUCUCAGUAGAAAAGAUCACCUCUGUCGUCAGAAGAGCCACCUUGAAACAAAGUGAGAGCAAUUUCAAUUAUGAAAAAUCGCAUAAUUUUAAGGUCCAUACAUUCCGAGGUCCUCACUGGUGUGAAUAUUGUGCCAACUUUAUGUGGGGCCUGAUCGCUCAGGGAGUCAGCUGUUCAGACUGUGGGCUGAAUGUACAUAAACAGUGCUCAAAAGUUGUGCCCAAUGACUGUCAACCAGACCUAAAGAGGAUCAAGAAAGUUUACUGCUGUGACUUGACGACGCUGGUAAAAGCACACAACAUGCAGAGACCUAUGGUAGUGGAUAUGUGCAUUCAAGAAAUUGAAGCAAGAGGUAUGAAAUCAGAGGGGCUAUACAGAUUAUCAGGAUUUACCGAGCAUGUAGAAGAUGUUAAAAUGGCUUUUGAUCGUGAUGGUGAUAAGGCUGACAUCUCUGCCAACGCAUAUCCAGACAUCAAUGUCAUCACCGGGGCUCUUAAGUUGUAUUUUAGGGAUUUACCGAUUCCACUCAUCACCUUUGAUUCAUAUCCAAAAUUCAUCGAGGCAGCCAAAAUUGCUAAUGCAGAUGACAGGCUAGAAGCCAUCCAUGAAACGUUAUUGCUGUUGCCUCCUGCACAUUAUGAGACACUGCGGUACUUAAUGGCUCAUCUGAAAAAGAUCACUUUAAAUCAAAAACAUACUUUGAUGACUCCUGAAAACCUUGGGAUAGUGUUUGGACCAACAUUAAUGCGACCCGCUGACCAAGACACACUGGCCACCUUGAAUGACAUGCGGUACCAGAGACUGAUUGUGCAGCUCUUGAUUGCAAAUGAAGACAUCUUGUUCUGAAAAUAAAAGGCAAAAUGAAGAAAAACCACCACUGUAGUUGCUGCAUGCGACUGAGUUGCAGAAAGACUGAUGUGCAAGCAUCUCCUUACCAAGCUUGCUGCGUAGACGUAACUCUGACCUUGCAGAUGAAUGCCAAAAUGCCCCCUACAGCCUGCUUUUCAGACUGUAUAUGUUUCUUAACUGAAAGAGAUUUGAAGUUGGGAAAGAAAUCCACUCGCUCUUCAUGCUUUUCAGCAAUAAUGGAUCAAGGUCACAUUGUGGAAAGGGCUGGAUACAAAUAUGUGACCUGCUCCUCUCCCACAUUACAGAGUCUCCAAGAGUGAGUCUGAAAAUUCCACCUUUUGUAGCUGUAAGAUUAUUUUGUCUUCAAAUUAAAGGCAGUGCAGAAUUGGUGAAAAUGCUUCAAUCUAAUCCUAAUUUUGAGUCUAAAUUCGAGUCAGCCUGGCUCAGUUAGCAGCACUCUCACCUCUGAGUUAGAAGUUUGAGGAUUCAAGCCCCAUGUGAGGACUUCGAACUUACAUAGUCUAAGCAGCACUGCGGUGGUGUUGAAUUGUUGGAGGUGCUGUCCUUUGGAUAGACUUUAAACUAAUGGCAUGUCUGCCUGUUCGGGUAAAUCUGUUAAAGAUCCCACAGGCACUAUUUGAAAAGAAAAGGAAGUUUCUCCCAGUGUUUUAACUAACAGUCCCCUAAAUAAAAUUGGUCACUCUGCCAUUGGUCACAUUGCUGUUUGUGGAACAUUGCUGUGCACAAAUGGGCUGCCGCAUUCACCUACAAAUGCACAGCCACUAGACUUUACAGAAAACUCCUGUAAAGUGCUCCAGCCUCUUGACAUGAAAGGCACUACACUAAAUUCCAAAUGCAAAGAUUAUUAUCUGCACUUAUUGAAAAUUUAGUCUUGCAAAUAGUUUUACAGACUAAGAUUAGAUGGAAUUUCAGGUCUGUUAAUUGGCAUAAUGUGUCCAAUAACAAUUAGUUAAAGAUCCUCUCCAAAGUUAGCUUGGACCAGACUGUAUUUUCUACUUGUAAUGAUAGUAUUUCCCUGUUUUGUAUUUUAAUUACAUGACAGAGGAUUUUGAAUUGCACUAAGUUUCUCUAUAAAUCAGUAUAAGAAACAAAUUUGUACCUAUACAUUCUUGACGAACCAUUUUCCGUUGAAUUCAAUGUAAUAGCAUUGCAUUCAGUAGCAACACGGCUAUAUAUAAUAUAUAUACACAUUAUAUAACAAAUUAUCAGUGUAAUAAUAUUGUGAAACCAUAUGCCAAUCAUGUUGUGCAGCUGUAAUGGAUGUUGGAGUUGUGAUAUUAAUCUUCAAUUGCCUUUGAGGACUUGUUCCCCUUCUGCUCAAAACUCAUCUUGUGCAUUUACUCUGUCUGUAAAGCGAGCUGGUUUAACUGUCACAUUACCGUAUUUAUAACUGAUGCCCAGAGGUUAUAGAAGCCUUUGAUUAUAUAAAUAUGUACAACUGUCUUCAGUUGUUCCUUUGAUUAAAACAAAUAGAGGACGAGAGCCAAAGUAAAGGCUGUGGAAGGAAGAAUGGUUCUUUACUCUCCUAUGGUUCUUCCAGCCUAUGUUUGUUUGUGAAACUUAGCAAUAUUAACAGUCACGAUGCCUCUAUGGUUGCAAUUCAUAAUUGUCCAAGAUUAUACCCUUACAUGACUCCUUGAUGUCUUUUUCCAUUUUAACAUUUAUUUAUGUUUUUCGUUUAAGUGGCAGAAUAGUUCGACCGUAUUUAGUGAGUAUUAAUUCAGCCUUUGAAAUCAUUGAUUUAAACUGUCCAAAGGUUGUUUGUUUUCAGAGGUGUUUUGUAGAUCUGAAUGUUACAUGAUUCAACGAAACACAAACGCUGGGGGUAUUUCAAAGAUCACUUUUUACACAACUUCUGAAUUAUUUUUAUGAGAUGUAUAUUUUCAUUGUCUUAGUGAACUGAGUAUAGUCACUGGUACCUGCGUAUAAAAUAUUUUGCUUUGAAAGCUUUCUGCUGUUUAAUUUUACAUCUCUUAAUGUGUGAAAUGAUACCACUUUGUAAAGUAAAACAAUGUACUGUGAAAAAUUUAUUAAAUGUGCCAUCUAAUUUGA